AUGGUGCCUCUCAUAUUACUUCUUGUCGCUCCUUUAGCCCAUUUCUCCACGGUCUCGGCGUCCCCGUUGUCCAUCUCCUCGACACCCUCAUCUUCUAUUCAUGAGUCGACAGACCAUGUCCUUCGGACUAUCAACCAGACAAAGAGGGAGACGUCAGGGUACCGCAAUGCUCUUUACUUCACAAACUGGGGUAUUUAUGGAGCGAACUACCAGCCUCAGCAGCUCCCGGCGGACAAGAUCACCCAUGUUCUCUACGCAUUCGCCGACAUUGGGUCUGACGGCGAGGUCAAAACAUCAGACUCCUACUCGGACCUUGAGAAGCAUUAUCCCACGGACUCAUGGAAUGAUCAGGGUGUCAACGCGCAUGGGUGUGUGAAACAACUGUAUCUUCUCAAGAAGAGGAACAGACAGUUAAAGGUUCUUCUCUCCAUCGGAGGAUGGACCUACUCGCCCAAGUUUGCCCCUGUGGCUGCGACAGACACCGGCCGCCAGAAGUUUUGCGAUUCCGCCAUCACCCUCAUGAAAGACUGGGGUUUCGACGGCCUCGACAUAGACUGGGAAUACCCCUCCUCCCCAUCCCAAGCCCAAGACUACGUCAACCUCCUCGCGACCUGUCGCGCGGGUCUCGACACCUACGCUUCACAGCACGCACCGGGUUACCACUUCACCCUAACCGCCGCGGCCCCGGCCGGCCCGCAAAACUACGACGCCCUAGACCUGCCCGGAAUGGAUCGCUACCUCGACGCUUGGCAUCUCAUGGCCUAUGACUACGCCGGUCCCUGGGAUACCACCACCGGGCAUCAGGCUAACUUGUUUCUGAACACGGAUAACCCGCCGGCUACCAAGUACAGCACCGAUCGCGCCGUGGCGGACUACACCGCGCGGGGGAUCGCGGCUCACAAGAUCGUUCUUGGGUUGCCGCUGUACGGUCGGGCCUUUGAAGGCACCCAGGGGCUUGGCCUACCCUAUGCUCAGUCUCAGUCCCAGUCUCAAUCUCAGAAUCAGACCCAAAGCCAGUCCCAAUCUCAGAAUCAGACCCAAAGCCAGUCCCAGUCCCAAACCCAGGACAACGGCGUCAUGCUAUACCGCGACCUACCGCGUGUAGGAGCAAACGAGAUAUGGGAUGCCUCAGCCCAAGCAAGCUACAGUUUCGAUUCAGCCGCAGGCGAACUAGUAUCAUACGACACGCCGGCCAGCGCGGCCGUGAAGGCGCAGUAUAUCCUCGAUCUCGGGCUCGGAGGGGCGGUGUAUUGGGAAGCGAGCGGAGAUAAGGACGGGGCGGCGAGUUUGGUUGGGGUGGUGGCCGAGGGGAUGGGUGGUGGCGGUGGGUUGGACGAGACGGAGAACUUGUUGGGGUUUCCGGAUAGUCGGUAUGAUAAUAUACGGGCGGGUGUGCCGGGGGAGUAG